GGGUUUUGCAAUUUUCCUGUUGGAGCGGCAGCCAUGGUGACCGCGAAGAAAACUAAGAAGACCCAUGAGAGCAUCAACAAUCGGCUCGCUCUAGUUAUGAAGAGCGGGAAGUAUACCCUUGGGUAUAAGACCGUUCUUAAAUCCCUAAGGAGCUCCAAAGGGAAGCUAAUUAUAAUUGCAAACAACUGCCCUCCUCUUAGAAAAUCAGAGAUAGAGUACUAUGCAAUGUUGGCGAAAGUUGGAGUUCAUCAUUUUAAUGGGAACAAUGUCGAUCUGGGUACUGCAUGUGGCAAAUACUAUCGCGUGUGCUGUCUCAGUAUUAUUGACCCAGGGGAUUCUGAUAUUAUCAAGAACAUGCCUGAUCAAUGAGAAGAUUAGAGUGUAUAACUCAUUUUUUUAUGUUUACAUUUUUGUGUUGUUUGUUUUAGUAUCAGGUUCUUUCUUUUUUGGGUUUUGUUAAUGAAAAUUUUGAUGGGUGGUAGUUCUUGCAGACUCGGUUUCAAGGGAGAAAAUCAGCUUAAGAUAUCCUUAAUUCUAUUUUUGUUUCU